GGUGUACUGGGAAGCGGACAAGUUCGAGCUGCCAACGCCGGGGCCGCCGGGGCCAUGGACGGCCUGCGACAGAGGUUCGAGCGCUUUCUGCAACACAGGAAUCUAGCCACCGAAACACUCGGAUGGCUCGAAGCCUGGACCGGUGUCGAGAAGCGUUAUCUGGCCGUGGGAGCCGUCACUCUGCUAAGCUUAUACCUUCUAUUCGGCUACGGGGCCUCUCUUCUGUGCAAUCUAAUCGGAUUUGUAUACCCCGCAUAUGCUUCAAUCAAGGCUAUCGAAAGCCCAAGCAAAGAAGACGACACUGUGUGGCUCACAUACUGGGUGGUGUACGCUCUGUUCGGUCUGGCCGAGUUCUUCAGCGAUCUACUCCUGUUCUGGUUCCCUUUCUACUACGCGGGCAAGUGCGCCUUCCUGUUGUUCUGCAUGAGUCCGGGGCAGUGGAACGGAGCCCUAAUACUAUAUCACCGCGUCGUUCGACCACUCUUCCUAAAGCAUCACGCAGCCGUGGACCGCGCCCUGAGCCAUCUCAGCAGCAAAGCUCUGGACGCAGCAGCAGGAGUAACCAGGGACGCAGCCCCUAGAGGGGGCCUCUAA